AUGCGCCUGCUCUCAUCUCUACUGUCACUGGCACUCGCCUGGUCGACUUCAGCAUCCGUCGUUGCCGACAAUUCCUACCUGUAUGACUGGGGUGUCUAUGGCGCAUACCCCCGGAAUCACUACAAGUCUUUUGACUCGGCAUCGCCAUAUCCGAAUGUGUUGAACUCAGACCCGCGAUGCGACGACGGCUAUCUCUUCAUUGAGCCCCGGGGCUCAUCGGUGGCUAAACCGGGACCCGUCAUUCUGGAUAAAACUGGCAAUCUCAUCUGGACCGAACAGAAAUGGGGCCAGGCAAUGGACGUCAAGGUCCAGAAUUACCAGGGCAGCGAUUACAUUACCUUCUGGACUGGCAGCGAUAAUGGCACGUUUGGAUCUGGCAAUUAUCUCAUGAUUGAUUCUUCGUAUCAAAUAUACAAGAAUUUCUCUGCGGCGGGAACGUUGCAUGGGGACCUUCACGAGUUCCGCAUCACCAAGAACGGAACAGCACUACUUACCGCUUACGAGUUGAAACCAACCGAUCUUUCAGCACUCGGUGUGGAUGGCGAAGGCUGGAUCUACGACAGUCUUUUCCAAGAAGUGGACAUCGCUACGGGAGAGCUCCUAUUCCAGUGGAGGGCAUCCGACCACCUUCCCGUAACAGAGAGCUUCUCGCCAAUCCAAAACCAUGGGCACGAUAUCAAGAAUGCCUGGGACUACAUGCAUAUCAAUAGUGUCGACAAGAACGACGAUGGAAAUUACUUGAUCUCUCUUCGAUACGGCUGCAUGCUCCUGUGCAUUAGCCCAACGGACGGAAUCGUGUGGCGGCUCGGGGGAAAGAACAACAGCUUCAAAGAUCUGACGCCCGGGAACGCGGCCACCAACUUUGCCUGGCAGCAUCAUGCCAUGUGGCACGAGAACAGCACCAUGGUCUCCGUUUUCGACAACGGCGCCUUUGACAAGCUUAUCCAUACUGCCGAGUUCAGCCGCGGCCUGCUGAUCAGCCUCGACUACCACGACAUGACGGCCAAUCUAGUCCAAGACUUUGUUGCUCCGCAAAGAUUCCUGGCGCCGUCGCAGGGUUCGGUCCAACUCCUGCCGGACGGAAACGUCCUGGUCGGAUGGGGCCACACGCCGGCCUUUACCGAGUUCUCUGCCAGCGGCGAGGUGCUUUGCGACAUGCACGUUGGAGCUACGCGCAUCGCAUCUCUGGGCCGCAGCAAGAAUUAUCGCACCUUCAAGUACUCCUGGGUCGGUCGCCCGACAACGCCGCCCUCGGUCGUCAUGAGUUCCAGAGAGAAUGCCGUAUACGUCAGCUGGAACGGGGCCACAGAAGUCGAGCGCUGGGUUCUGGAGGCGUCCGACUCCAACGCAGAGGAUGCCAAGUUCUUUCAGAUCGGCGGAGCGACCAAAGAGCAGUUUGAGACCAAGAUACACGUCCCUCGGGAUGCCGACGACUUCCUCCGCGUUGGAGCCAUUGAUAAGCAGGGAAAUGUGUUGGGCUAUUCCGUCGUCCUAGAUAAGAGGUCCGAGGAAGUUGCAGGCUCUAAGACGGAGACGAUUCUUGCAGGAAUCAUCUGUAUAUCUUUCGUAUUGUUCCUGUGGCGCUUUAGGGGGGCUAUGCGGACGUCGUUCUAUAGGAUCACCCAGGGUGUUUUCGGCACUCGGUAUAAGAAACUGCCGCAAAGCUGA